AUGUAUCUAGGUCGAAAAUGUCUUGAUGAAAAACAACUUUGGUCAACAUUAUUAAAAAUAAUCGAACAUGGUUUACAUCGAUGGCCUAUGAUGUUAAAACAAGUGAUUCUAUCCAUGAAUAUAGUUCGUAAUCAAUCGAUCGAAUAUUUAACUGAUGAAAUGUAUUCCGAUGUGGUUCGAAUCUAUUUACAAAAACCUAUUAUUGAACAAAUCGUACAACAUGAAACAAUUGUUGAAAAUAUGUUAGAAAAAUAUGUCGAUGAUCAUUUUCAUUUCUUAGAUUAUGCUUAUG